AUGAGUCCUUUGAUAUCUGUGCUUUUCCUAGUGGUUGCUGCAGCAGCUUACGACUAUGUCGGUAGUCCCAAAACAGUAGUUUUGAAGCAUUCAGCCCUUGGUGACGUAUAUGGCAUUGGGUCUCCGUCCGUUGUAAGUUACUUGGAUUACAGCCACAAAUUCCAUGGAUUUAAAAUCAGUAACAGCAGAUUUACAUUUGGAGGUAUAGGAUACAAACUGAGCUGUGACUCACAAAGAUUUUACAAUUUAUGGGGUAAUUGCUGGUCCAUAUAUCAUAGCAGAAGUGUCUGUUUUGAUCGACUUAGAAAGCAACAUCUCUUCAAUGUUUUCCCCGGAGGUAACGAUUUUGGCGAUGGGGCAGUGGUAGUGAAGAAUGAAGUUUACGGUAACAAUUACGAUAUCGGGGUAGGGUCUGUUGUAAGUUAUGGUGAUUACUUCAACAAAUACCAUGGAUUCAAAAUCAGUGAUAGCAGAUUUUCAUACGGAGGACAUGCAUACACACUGAAAUGUGGACUACAAAGAUUUUACAAUUUAUGGGGUAAUUGCUGGUCUAGUUAUCAUAGCAGAAGUGUCUGUUUUGGACGACUCAGAAAGCAACAUCUCUUUGAUGUCUACUCCGGAGAUUACGACGUUGACAAUUAUGAUCUUGGUGUAGGUUCUGUUGUAAGUUAUGGGGAUUAUUUCAACAAAUACCAUGGAUUCAAAAUCAGCGAUAGCAGAUUUUCAUAUGGAGGACAUGCAUACGCACUGAAAUGCGGACUACAAAGAUUUUACAAUUUAUGGGGUAAUUGCUGGUCUAGUUAUCAUAGCAGAAGUGUCUGUUUUGGACGACUCAGGAAGCAACAUCUCUUUGAUGUCUACUCCGGAGAUUACGACGUUGACGGUGGAGUCUAUGGUGACGAUUAUGAUCUUGGUGUAGGUUCUGUUGUAAGUUAUGGUGAUUACUUCAACAAGUACCAUGGAUUCAAAAUCAGUGAUAACAGAUUUUCAUACGGAGGACACGCAUACACACUGAAAUGUGGACUUCAAAGAUUUUACAACUUAUGGGGAAAUUGCUGGUCUAGUUAUCAUAGCAGAAGUGUCUGUUUUGGACGACUCAGGACGCAACAUCUCUUUGAUGUUUACUCCGGAGGUUACGAUGUUGACGGUGGUGUCUAUGGUGACGAUUAUGAUCUCGGCGUAGGUUCUGUUGUAAGUUAUGGUGAUUAUUUCAACAAAUACCAUGGAUUCAAAAUCAGUGAUAGCAGAUUUUCAUAUGGAGGACAUGCAUACACACUGAAAUGUGGACUACAAAGAUUUUACAACUUAUGGGGCAAUUGCUGGUCUAGUUAUCAUAGCAGAAGUGUCUGUUUUGGACGACUCAGGAAGCAACAUAUAUUUGAUGUCUACUCCGGAGAUGUAGUCUAUGGGGACGAUUACGAUGUUGGUGUAGGUUCCGUAGUAAGUUAUGGGGAUUACUUCAAUAAAUACCAUGGUUUCAAAAUUAGUGAUAACAGAUUUUCUUACGGAGGUUCAGCUUACACAUUAACAUGUGGACUACAACGAUUUUACAACUUAUGGGGUAAUUGCUGGUCUAGUUAUCAUAGCAGAAGUGUCUGUUUUGGACGACUCAGGAAGCAACAUCUCUUUGAUGUUUACUCCGGAGAUGUAGUCUAUGGUGACGAUUACGAUGUUGGUGUAGGUUCCGUAGUAAGUUAUGGGGAUUACUUCAAUAAAUACCAUGGUUUCAAAAUUAGUGAUAGCAGAUUUUCAUACGGAGGUUCAGGUGAGCAAAUGUACCACUUGUUUAUCAUCAGUGUUUAG